CAACGCGGAAAUACAGGAUAGAGUCAUUCGCUAAACUGAUAAGUGAAACAAACAUCAAAACAAUCAUUUGAAAAUUAAGGGCAAAUACUACGACUGGAAUCUAAAUCGACCCCCCCCUGCUGUCUCUCUUGGUGUGGCCAAGCCCCUCUCAUUCAGGAUAGCCUCUGCACAGCUUCAUGGCGGGUCGUGGAGGACCGGCGCGACCCAACGGCCCGGCGGCAGGCAACAAGAUCUGCCAGUUCAAGCUGGUGCUGCUGGGGGAAUCGGCGGUGGGCAAGUCCAGCCUGGUGCUGCGCUUCGUCAAGGGCCAGUUUCAGGAGUACCAAGAGAGCACCAUCGGAGCUGCCUUCCUCACACAGACUGUCUGCCUGGACGACACGACGGUCAAGUUUGAGAUCUGGGACACGGCAGGCCAGGAGCGAUACCACAGCCUGGCGCCCAUGUACUACAGAGGAGCCCAGGCGGCAAUUGUGGUCUACGACAUCACCAACAGAGACACUUUUACGCGAGCAAAGAACUGGGUGAAGGAGCUGCAGAGACAAGCCAGCCCCAACAUCGUCAUCGCUCUGGCUGGGAACAAGGCUGACGUCGCCAACAAGAGAGCCGUUGAUCUCCAGGAAGCACAGGCCUAUGCCGAUGACAACAGUCUACUGUUCAUGGAGACUUCAGCGAAGACUGCUAUGAAUGUCAACGAAAUCUUCAUGGCCAUAGCAAAGAAGCUGCCCAAGAACGAGGCUCAGGGCGCAGCCGUAGCAGGGGGCCGGGCCCGGGCAGGAGUGGACCUUCAGGAGCCCGCCCCCCAGGGCCGCAGCGGCCAAUGCUGUGGCGGGAGCACUUAGCCGAUAUCCAAUGAACUGACUGAACGAGCCCAGAACACAAAUAUUAUCAAGACGACCAAUCACGGCCUAGAGAGUAACGAUGCGGGAACCGUUCUCACCCCCCCCAAUCAAAAGGAGACCCUUUUUAAAAUUAUAAGCUAGAGAAUUUCAUUGCGACCCUCUCGCAUACUCUUUUACCCUCUAACUAUCCCUCUGCUAUACCUCCCAUCUCCCCCGUCUCUCACUUUAAUCUAAAACUAACUGGAUUAUGUCUUAACAUUUUCUGUCCUUUAAAAAAAAACAUUAUGUCGAUGGAUCAUACCAACUGCUACUAGCCUUUUUGUCCAGGUUGCAGGUGCAUGUCGCAAAGGUUAAGUUGUCUUUUCCUCUUAAUCAUUUUCUUCCUUCCAUGUUGGUCUUCCACGUCUAGAAGAGGGAAAAUAUGCUCCAAGGGGACAAUGUGUCUUACGCUCUUUCUCCGGAUCUGUUCAUUUUGUAAAUUAAUAUUAGCCUUUGUUUAUUAUUACCGCUGUUCUUUUGGCACGAGUGGGGGAUGAUUUAUAUAGGACACACCUAAUGUGGUUUCUGACAUGUGCGACAAAUUAAACUGUAACUGUAACGCAUUGUGCAUUUUAUCACCUAGUAUACCAGACAGUCAUUUUUAGCACCAUGUUUUUGAAUCUGUAAGACAAUGUAUUCUUACAUUUAUAAGACCUGAAGAAAAAAGAAUUAAAACAUGGCAAGAUUUUCUAGGCUAAAAUGUACAUUGUUAAUGGGAAUAAAUGUUUUAAAAUG